CCCGCGUGGUGCGAGGCAGGGUGGCAGACUCAACAAUACUAACCAGUGUGAGAAUGGCCGGAGUGGCGGGUGGAUGUAGCAAAGAACCACUGCGGGCAAAGUUACAGUUCUCGGAAGUAUUCUGGAUUGUAGUGAAAUAACUCAAGUGUGUAAAUUAUUACUCGUGAGUCUGGGACUUGAUGGGCACCUGGAAAGCAAUAACUCACGCCGUCUGCAUCAUGUAACUCCAGGGAAGAGCAUAAAGCAAGACCCUCCCUCUGCCAGUAAUGACGUAGAGGAGGAAGAGGCGCCCAGACGUUUUCGAGUUUCUUUCUGGAAUCCUUCGUGAAUGAUUCAAUAGGAAAAAAAAAUAAUGCUUGUGUUUGGCAGGCCUAUGCCCACCUGAAGACGUUCCUGCCGCCGCCAUGCACCUCCAGGGGACAUUCUACAUCCUCAAGAAGCGGUGCAAGGUGACUCUAACGGAACAGUGCAUCAGCUGGAUACCUGAAGGAAGUCCAGAAUGUUACCGUCGCAUCUUAAUCUCAGAAGUGGUGGGCACGUGGUUGUGUCCUUGUGGGUCAUCGAGAUGCCGUGUCCGCCCUCAUUCCUCUGCCCACGCCCCAGCACGCCCCGAUCCAUCCCCGAUCCCUCCCACGCCCGCCUCGCCAGCACCGCCCGUUCCCAGCGUGCCGCAGCCGGUAACCAAGAUGAGCGGAUCUGGCCUCACACUGGAGUACUGCGAGCGAGGGAGCGGCCGCGCGGGACCCACGUGGAGGACCCGCACGGUGGCCCUCAUGCACCCUGCCAACGAGAUAAUCUUGGCGUGGCACCAGGCGAUACGCGGCCUGCUUAGUGGUCUUCGUCAGCGUCCCCGUCGGCUGCUGGUGGUGAUCAACCCAGUGGGGGGCAAGAAGCAAGCCUCCAGCAUCUACAAAAGGAAGGUGAUGCCGCUGUUUCGACGUGCUGAAGUGGAGACAAGAGUGGUGAAGACCGAGCACCGCGCUCAUGCUCAGGAGCUGGUGGAGGACGAGGCCAAUCUGGAGGGCAUGGACGGUGUGGUGGCUGUGGGCGGCGACGGGCUGGUCAACGAGGUAGUGAUGGGCCUUAUGCUGGUGGCGUGUCGCAGGGAAGGCAUCAAUCCUCACGACCCACAGGUGCAGCUACCCAAUACGCCCCUCAGGCUGGGCAUCAUUCCUGGAGGAAGCACAGACGCCCUCUGCCACAGCACCCACGGUACAAGCGAUGUGAUCACAGCGGCGCUGCACGUCAUUAUGGGUGACAGUCGGCAGGUGGACGUGGCCUCCGUGCACCGUGAUGACCAGCUGCAGCACGUGGCCACCACCAUGGUGUCCUACGGCUACUUUGGAGACCUUCUCAGGACUUCAGAGAGGUGGCGCAAGUUGGGGCCAACCCGAUACCUGCUAUCGGGCGUGCUGCAGCUGUUCCGGAACCGCUUCUAUGAAGGCCAGCUUAAUGUUCGCAAACCUGCCACGCCUUUGGCACAACCUUAUGAUGUGAACAUUUGCAGCGACAGAUGCAGCGUGUGCACCAAAGCUGCAGUGUGUUCACCCACGCCCGGAGAAUGGCUCCAGUUCAAGGGUCGGUGGAGCAUCGUGACGUCAGCGGUGACAUCCUGUGCUUGUCGCCUGAGUCCUUAUGGCGUGUCCCCAGCGGCACACCUCGGGGACGGCUGCGCAGAUCUCGUGUUGGUGGCGGGCCGGUCCAGGUACCACACACUGAGCUACCUCUUCCGCACCGCCUUCACUGGCAAUGCUCUGAGUCUGGAUCACGUUACCUUCCAUCGGGCGCAGGAAGUGAUCUUUACACCCAAGGCAGGAGCCGCAGAGUCUUCCUGGAACUGUGAUGGAGAGCUACUGACAGAGCCGAGACUGAGGCUGAGAGUGCACUGCCAGCGGGUAGGGCUAUUCAGCAGGGGAGUGGAAACCAUCACAGAGGACCCCUCCAAGCCCCCUGCGUCAGCCAAGACUGCAGCGGUGUAACACAUCCCUCCUGGACCAAAUCUUAGUGAUAUGUUUGUAUUGGUUACUGUUCAUAGCCAAGGCUGCUACCAGCAAUCUCAAUAUAGAUUGCUGUUACCAGAAUGCUGCCUGAAUUACUAUAUGUCAUUCAUACACAUUCCAGGCUGUCUGUCUAUAUGUGUAGGUUAGGGUAGGGAGAUAGCUAGGUUGUAUGAGUGGAUCAACAGAAAAAAGAUACAUACACACACACACACACACACACACACACAUAUAUAUAUAUAUAUAUAUAUAUAUAUAUAUAUAUAUAUAUAUAUAUAUAUAUAUAUAUAUAUAUAUAUAUAUAUAUAUAUGAAUGGAUAAAUUGAAAAACUGAUAUGCUUAGAAAGAUAGAUAGAUUGAUGGACAGUUAGACAGACAUAAAUAGAUGUAUUUUUGCCACGACAAUAUAUGAUAGCUACCACUGGAGCUCAGUUUUUAAGAAAGAAUCACUAUGUGCCUGCUGUGUCUCAAGGCUCAUGCUCCCAAGGCAGGGGCACUCCUGACUGCUUGAAACCCCCUGGCAAAAAUACGUGUAUCUACUGACUUCUAUAGAUGGAUAGAUAUAUACAGAUAGACAAGAAGAUAAAUGGAUAGUUGCAUAGGUAUAGGGAUAGAAUAAUAGAUAGAGAGAGCCUGUAAAUAGCAAAUCUAUAUAUUUUGUUAAGUUGGCAGUGAGUAAUGGAAUGUUUGAGUGCCCAGCAACAUUCCUGGUGAUAGCAAGGUGCCGCUGUUCACACAGAUGAUAUAGAUUGGUAUUUCUAUGUAUGUAUGUAUGUUAGCUUCCCACAGAUGACAAAUAUAUAUAUAUAUAUAUUUUCACUAUGAUUAAAUGAGACGUAAAUGUAUAAACCCUACAGCGUCAGGACCAAUACCACUAAGAAAUGUAGCUGUUGCACAACAGCACACUUAAUUGACGCUACAAUUGUACUGUACUGCACGAUGUUCCUGUCACAAUACUUGUAGAGAUGAACACCUUGCAUCACUGUGAGGUGUAAAACACUGUAAUCUGCUACUUAAUCCUGCCCGUCUCCAAAACGGAAAACAAUAUAUGUAUGUGUUGAAAAUAAAAUGUUUCUAUUC